AUGCCGGACAUUGGAGGCCUUGCUAAGAAUGGCUCAGAAAACGAACUACAGAGAGCGGCUUCGCACAGAGCUGUGGAUUAUCAUUCCAGUUUCUUGGAUCUGACGGACGACACAGAGUCCAGGCCGGUAUCUCCUUCAAAUAGACUUGAACCUGAUACUUGUGAUUAUCCAUUUCUUACCUACACUGGGAAUGCAGAACCACCAUGUCAGAGCUCAUUGAUCCAUGUGACCAUUGAGAAGUGCAUCGCCCGUGCAGCACCAGUGUCCGAGGGAAGCCAUAAUGCGCAAAGACCAAUAUCAUUUCACGUACCCAGGCAUGCCUUGGAGCAUGUUGGGAAGUGGGCUCUCUGCUCAAGAAUCCCAGAGCACCAAGAGUACCAAAAGUACCGUAUUCUCUGGAUCGACGGAGGAGGUUCUCAUCCAAAUCAUAUACACGAGUCUUUACCGACCGCAAGCGAGUUGAGUAGGGCUCACAUGGUUUGCAUCUUUUUCAAAUGCACUCCAGAUCUUGGCCAUAAAGACGUGAAAACAUCACAGGAAAAUAUGUCUGGUCAGGAGGUUAUCACCGUAGCUUUACUUUACGGUAUCAUCGUCCAACUGACGAGUCUUCUUCCUGAAAAUAUCAAAGAAGAUUCAGAACUCCACUGUAUACAACUUGCAGCGCUUGAUGGGAGUCUGGGAUCUGCGCCAGUUGCAUUGUCAGCCAUUAGGGUUCUUUUGGAUCAUGCUGUUGCCAAUCCCAUUGCUUUCAUCAUUGAUGGGCUACCAUUUGCUGAAGGUCCAAGUACAAAUUCAUUCUUGAGGGAGUUGGUCGAAAUGUUACGCCACCGGGACAAUGACCCGUGUACUUUGCUACUAUUUUCGACGGAGGGGGAAAGUGAGGUGCUUUCGGAGACUAUCAAAUUACAUGAGAGACUGAGAGUGUGA